GUAAAAUAUAAAAAAUCUUAAAAAAAUUGCUAAACUUACAUCUUUUUCCCGCGCAUAAACUUUUAACAAAAGCUAGUGACUGCAGCAGCAGUAGGAUUUUUUAAACAAUGAACGAAGUAGAUUUGAUCAAAGAAGUUGAGAAACGGCCUAUUCUGUACGACAAAUCAGUGAGUGGCUUUAACAAAACGAAAUUACGUGAUGACGCGUGGAAAGAAGUUCAGGAAGCUCUCAACGUGUCAGAGUCGGAAUGUAAGAAGCGAUGGCGGUCUCUUCGUGAUUCCUUCAUCAAGCUGCAGCGAACGCACGGCGGCCGCACCCGCUGGCCUUACCAUCAUGCUAUGAGGUUCCUGCUGCCCCACGUCGAACCCAAACCAGACUCCGGUGUCAUCAAAAGAGACGAAGAUUCCGAUCCGGAGGAGGAAAUCCGCCAAAGACACAUGCCGAGCCUGCCUGACCUUUCUUUCGCGGUGCAAGAUCCUACUAAGCACUACGAAGAGGAUGAAGACUCGCAGCCUUCGCCCAAGAAGGCGCGCUUGAACUCCACAGACGAGGAACCUUGCCAACAGUGCAAUAGAACAGACCCUGAUGAACUCUUCCUACUCAGUUGCGCGCCAAUCUUGAAAAGGUUGAAUGCGAAACAAAACGCUGGUGCUAGACUAAAGAUCCAGCAGGUUUUGUACGAAGCGGAGUUUGGGAAUCAAAUGGAGUUACCCUACGUGACACCUGCAAGCGAGUGCGGCUUCGACAACAUCGACGCGCACGUUGAAUGAUUGUUCUUUAUCACAUCAUUGCCCGGAACGACCGGUCAAGAAUGAUGCAAUAGACCACUCACUUGUUUAGAACAGGUAGUUAAGAAUAGUUUACACACGAUACUCUUCCAAUUAUAGGUAGGGUCAAGAUGGGGACAGUGUAACAAGGGGCAAAG